CGACGCCCUCAAGAUCCGCCCUCAAAAUGAGUCACCGUAAGUACGAAGCCCCCCGUCACGGUUCGCUUGGUUUCCUGCCCCGCAAGCGUGCUGCGCGCCAUCGCGGAAAGGUCAAGGCCUUUCCUAAGGAUGACCCCAAGAAACCCGUCCACUUGACGGCCAUUUUGGGCUACAAGGCGGGCAUGACCCACGUUGUUCGUGAUCUUGAGCGUCCUGGAUCCAAGAUGCACAAGCGCGAGGUCGUGGAGGCGGUCACAAUCGUCGAGACUCCCCCACUCAUUGUUGUCGGUGUUGUUGGUUACGUCGAGACUCCUCGUGGUCUCCGAACCCUUACCACCGUCUGGGCCUCCCACCUCUCCGACGAGCUUAAACGUCGGUUUUACAAGAACUGGUACCGCUCGAAGAAGAAGGCGUUCACCCGCUACGCUAAGAAGCACGCGGAGGACGGCGGCAAGUCGAUCGCCCGCGAGCUCGAGCGUAUCCGCAAGUACUGCACCGUUGUCCGUGUUCUUGCCCACACCCAGAUCCGCAAGACCGGUCUCUCCCAGAAGAAGGCCCACCUCAUGGAGAUCCAGGUUAACGGUGGCUCUGUUGUGGACAAGGUCGAGUUCGCGCACGGUCUGUUCGAGAAGCCCGUCGAGGUCAGCAGCGUCUUCGAGCAGGACGAGGUCGUCGAUGUCAUCGCGGUGACGAAGGGUCACGGUUUCGAGGGUGUCACCCACCGUUGGGGUACCAAAAAGCUUCCUCGCAAGACUCACAAGGGUCUUCGCAAGGUUGCUUGUAUCGGUGCCUGGCAUCCGUCUAAGGUCAUGUUCUCCGUUGCUCGUGCUGGUCAAAACGGUUACCAUCACCGUACCGAACUCAACAAGAAGAUCUACCGCAUCGGCCGUGGCGAAGACGAUGGCAACGCCUCGACCGAGCACGACAUUACUAAGAAGACCAUCACUCCCCUGGGUGGCUUCCCCCACUACGGUAUCGUCAAGAACGACUACCUCAUGCUCAAGGGUUCCAUCCCUGGAACUAAGAAGCGUGUCAUCACCAUCCGCAAGUCGCUCAUGGUUCACACCUCUCGUCGGGACCUCGAGAAGGUCCAGCUCAAGUUCAUCGACACGUCGUCCAAGUUCGGCCACGGCGCGUUCCAGACCUUCGAGGAAAAGGCCGCGUUCCUUGGAACGCUCAAGGCCCGGGCUUGAUUUGGUGUCGCUUUACGUACUAUUCGCUCUACCGUUAUACUGCAUCAUCCACACUAUGCUUCGUAUUGCCCAAUGACAUGAUACGCCAUGCAACAUCUCGGUUGUACAUCAU